UUCAUUCUUUUCGCAUGUAUAAAUUCCCCUCCCUCUACACUUCACCUCCUUUCCCUCCCAUUUCCCCCCAAAUCAAAAACCCUAGAAAAACCUUCUCUAACUCAAGAUCCUUUUACAGCUUAAAUCCCGCUCUCCUACUUAGCAUUUCCCGUAUUUUGUUUCUGUUCCACUGGAAUUCUAUUAUCUGGGACUUCCUUGUCUUACUCUAGCGGUCAUUUCAAAGAAAAUUUUCUGCAACCCUUUGUUUCCUCCCGAUUCUUUAAAUACAAAUUCUAAUAUUGUUCCCCGAUUCCCCCACGAGUCUACCACUAAUUUUCCGAAUACCCAUUUCGAUCUCACUAAUUGUGAUCGUCUAUCUUUCAAAUAUUUGCAUUUUCUAUUUUGUAUAUUAAACAAUUUUUUUUCUCUGUGGAUUUUUUUCGAAAUAACUGGUACUUUUUUGUAAUUGAAUUUUUUUGGGGUUGGUUGGGGGGGGGGGGGAGUGAGAAAUUUUUUUCAUAUUUGAUCAAGUUGGGAUGGAGAACAGUGGGGAAGCAGUAGAUGAUCAGGGCUCGGGAUGGUUCCAAGUGAAAAAGAAGCAUAGAAGUAGUUCAAAGUUCUCUCUACAGAGUUGGGUUGGGGGAUUCUCAGGAAAGAAUCCUUCGAAUUUUUUGCAUUCUCAGCCCUCAUUGAAUGAAAAUAAUGGAAAUUCAAGAGGUAAGCGCAGAUCCCAGCUUCCCAAGGCAGGGGGAAAUAAUGCUGUAGGAAGCCAAAGUAGUGUUAUAAAUUCUAUUCCUGUCCUGGAUGAAGACAAAAAAGGCGUGCUCUUUCUUGACAAAUGUGUAGUCCAACAAGAUAAGGAGUCUACUAAUUUGCUUCCAUUGCCUGUUGCAAAUUUGAAUGGUGGAACUGGAGAUAUUGAGAAAACUACUCAAAAAGACAAGCCUGAUGUUGUUCACAAAAUCAAGUGGGGUGAUCUAGAGGAUGAUGCUUUGCUCCUGCAUCAUGAAAACGCUGAUGGAGCAGGUAUAAAGUUUGGUGAUAUUGGAAGUCAUAACCUGGAUGCCUGUAGGAAGAAUGUGAAUAAUCAUUAUUUGGUUUCCUCUGUUGCUUCUUGUGCUAACCCCCAACACAACAACUUGGUGGCAACUGCAGAUGCAGAUAUAUGUGGAAAUGAGGUUUCUGAAAAGAACUGUAUAUCUGUAGAAGAUGCAGAAGUACCGAUUGCGAAUGAUCAAAAGCUUGAUCCAGAUGAUGAAGUUUCGAACUGCAAGGAUAUACACACUGAACACGUGAAAUCUGUAAAUGGUGAUCUUUCUAGUACUGGAUUUUCAUGUGCUGAAGUGGUAGGUAUAGAGUUCAACCUUCAGGCACCUGACAUUAUACCUGACGCAGAUGACACAGAUAGUUCUGAAAUACCGGUGACAAGCGGGGGUUCAAGCGCGGCAGCAAUUGACCAAAAUGCUGAGUUAUUUCCACCCAAAAAGAGUGGAUCUGAAAUAUCAGGAGACUCUACUGUCACAGACCCUAUUGAAGAUCAAGGGGCUCCAUCGGAAGAUACAAUACAGGAUGAUAGUUCAAGCAUGCAGAUUGGGAAUUCCCUUGGAGAAUGUCAAACGGGUGAAAGCAAAGAAAGGUUUAGGCAGCGACUUUGGUGCUUUCUCUUUGAGAAUCUUAAUAGGGCUGUAGACGAACUUUAUCUUCUGUGUGAACUAGAAUGUGAUGUAGAACAGAUGAAAGAGGCCAUUCUUGUUCUUGAAGAGGCUGCAUCUGAUUUUAAAGAACUAAAUGCUAGAGUGGAGGAGUUUGAGAAUGUGAAGAGGUCCUCUCCUCAGCUAAUUGAUGGGGCACCAAUCACAUUGAAGAGUGACCAUCGCAGGCCACACGCCCUUUCAUGGGAGGUACGAAGAAUGACGACUUCAACACACAAAGCAGAGAUACUGUCAUCAUCUCUUGAGGCUUUUAAGAAAAUUCAAAAAGAAAGAGCUAGUAUGUGCACAUCUAAUGAUGCAAAAAUCCUUGGGUCUGAGUGUUAUUUUCAGUCUGGUGAUAAUCUGAAUAAAUCAUCUGAGAAAACUGAUGCAACACCCAAUGCUAGAGACUCGCAAAUAAAGUCAAGAAGACAGAGUGCAAGUACAGAUUUCAUUCAGGGAAAUAUUACUGGGGAAAAGCGGAAUAUUGAGUCAGGCAGGUCUUGCAAAGUAAACUUAGUACAAAAUGGACGUGUCCCUCCCCAUAACUCAUCCUUUUCUGAAUUUAGUUCCUCUAGGCCACCUCCUAGGGAUAUUUCUGCUGCUUUUACUGCUGGAAAGAGUAAGAGAGAACAACCUGGACCUGAUGCAGAUAGGUUUCUUUCUAAAAAAGAAAAGAAUUUGGCAGAAAGUGUUGUUGAAAAAAAUUCCAAAUCUACAGAUCAUUUUAAGAGACAAAUUCCUCUUUCAGAGAAAGAAAAGGAGAAGGAAAGGAGGAAUGCAGCUCCUUGGAAAUCCAUGGAUGCUUGGAAAGAGAAGAGGAAUUGGGAGGAAAUACUUUCAUCUCCUUUCCGUGUCUCUACACGUGUAUCACAUUCUCCUGGUAUGAGCAGGAAAAGUGCGGAGCGUGCACGCAUAUUGCGGGAUAAACUAAUGUCUCCUGAGAAGAAGAAGAAGAAAGCUGCUAUUGAUCUGAAAAAAGAAGCAGAAGAAAAGCAUGCUCGGGCAAUGAGAAUUAGAAGUGAGCUGGAGAAUGAGAGAGUUCAAAAGCUUCAGCGUAACUCAGAAAAAUUAAAUCGGGUAAAUGAAUGGCAAGCUGUCCGCAAUAUGAAGUUAAGAGAGGGAAUGUUUGCUCGCCACCAACGUGGUGAAUCUCGACAUGAAGCUUUUCUAGCUCAAGUUGUGAAGAGAGCUGGUGAUGAAAGCAGUAAAGUUAACGAGGUUCGUUUUAUUACUUCCUUAAAUGAAGAAAACAAAAAGCUUAUAUUGCGCCAGAAACUUCAUGAUUCAGAGUUGAGGAGAGCUGAAAAACUUCAAGUUAUAAAAACUAAACAAAAAGAGGAUAUGGCUAGAGAAGAGGCUGUGUUAGAACGCAGGAAACUCAUUGAAGCCGAGAAAUUACAACGCCUUGCUGAAACACAGCGGAAGAAAGAAGAGGCUCAAAUUAGAAGAGAAGAGGAGCGCAAAGCAUCCAGUGCAGCACGUGAAGCAAGGGCCAUGGAACAACUUCGGAGAAAGGAGGAAAGAGUGAAAGCCCAGCAAGAGGAAGCUGAACUUAUGGCACAGAAACUAGCAGAGCGACUUAGUGAAAGUGAACAACGUCGCAAGUUUUACCUGGAGCAAAUCCGAGAGAGAGCUUCUAUGGAUUUCAGGGAUCAACCUUCACCUUUGUCGCGCCGAUCUGUAAUCAAGGAUGGGCAGGGUAGAGUUAAUGAAGACUAUCAAGCAAACAUCAUUACCGGCUUAGGAGGUUCUGCUCUUGCAAUGGGAAAUGUUACAAUGCAACAUUCUUUGAAGCGAAGGAUUAAAAGAAUUAGACAAAGGCUUAUGGCUCUUAAAUAUGAAUUUCCUGAGCCUCCUGUUGGUGCUGAAAAUGCUGGUAUUGGAUAUAGAACGGCUGUGGGAACUGCAAGAAUGAAAAUUGGGAGGUGGCUUCAAGAACUUCAAAGACUUCGGCAAGCUAGAAAAGAAGGGGCUGCAAGUAUAGGGUUAAUAAUUGCAGAAAUGAUCAAGUAUUUGGAGGGAAAGGACCCUGAGCUGCAAGCUUCUCGACAAGCUGGUUUACUUGAUUUUAUUGCUUCUGCCUUGCCUGCUUCUCAUACAUCAAAACCUGAAGCUUGCCAGGUGACAAUACACCUUUUGAAGCUUCUCAGGGUGGUUCUAUCUGUGGCUGCAAACAGGAGCUAUUUUCUUGCACAGAACCUUUUACCCCAAUCAUCCCAAUGCUAUCAGCUGCACUUGAGAACUAUAUAAAGAUUGCAGCCUCUUUAAAUGUGCCGGGUAAUAUUAACUUUCCAUCGAGUAAAACAUCAACUGAAAAUUUUGAAUCAAUCUCCGAAGUACUAGAUGGUUUUUUAUGGACUGUUACGACAAUAAUUGGUCAUAUAAG